GUGGCAGUGGCCAUGUGGGGCUGUGACGACCCCGGGGGAGCCGCCGCCGCCAGCAUCGUCCUGAGCGGGACCCGCGACUGCUUCCUGCACCUGCCCCCCGCGCUGGCCUCGCUCCUCCGCCUGCAGCAGGGCCAAGCUGUGAAAAUAUCCUGUGGUCAUCAGCCGGUAUUUUUGAGCUGGAUGGAAACCAGGCAUCGAGGUCACCAGGGUGAAAAUAAUGCAGAGAUUAACAGACAUUUGGCAGAGAAACUUGGCAUCACAGAUGGAGAGCAGGUUUUUCUUGAACCCUGUUCCCAUGUGUCCUCCUGUCAGCAAGUAGAAGUGGAACCACUCACAGCAGAUGAUUGGGAAAUUCUGGAGCUGCACGCUUCCUCCCUUGAAAGCCACCUUCUGGACCAGAUUCGAGUGGUGUUUCCAGGAGCCAUCUUUCCUGUCUGGGUUGAGCAGCACACCCAUGUUUACAUCAGAAUCGGUACACUUGUGCCACCAGCCCCAUAUGGGAGAUUAGAGCCAUGCACGGAGCUUCUGGUAUGUCCCAAAACACACGGACCUGAGGAGAAUAUCACCAGCACACCUGCCACAGAAAGUGACAUCUUGCUCAAAAAUUUUGUGAAAAAUAGCAUGGAACAAGAAGAAACAUUAAAGGAUCCUUUUGCCAAACAACCUUACUUAAAGCCUGGAGCCCUUGAACAGAGUAAGACUGAUGCAAACAUGACGUUUGGCUCAAAUGUUCUCCCAAAUAUAUGGAAUUUCAUAGGGAACAUUUUCUCUAAUACAUCUGAGCAGAGACAGAAGACUUUAUGUGAUAACAAUGAAAUGAGCGUCUUCAGAGACAAGCUGCUCAACUUGAUUCACAUGGAUUCCAUUUUUAGAGUGUGUCAGUCCCAGCCUCCCAGCGUACAGAACGUAUCCGCCACUCAUGAAUUUCUGAAAUGCAAUGCUGUUCACGUUUUUCCAUGGAAUUUAGAAUAUGUUGAUUUGGAUCCAAAUCCUGUAGUAUCUUAUGGGAAAAUUAACGAGCUGCUUUCCCCAAGACAGCGUCAUCAAGAAGCAAAACAAAAUCUGCCACUUGAAAAGCAAAAUCAUUUGACUAGUACACAAGACAAAAAUCCUUCUAAUUCUAUUAGCGGUGAAGCAUCCAGUGAGGGAUCUGUUGUUCAAAUCGUUUGGAAUGGAUUUGAAGACCUAAAGAGUGUCAUAGAGUAUGGCCAUGAUGGGGGAGCCCUGCAUGUUGGAAGAGUUUGGAUUGCAGAUGGUCUGAGGAAAAAACUACAUAUUGAAAUACAUUCAACAGUCCGAAUUAAGUCAGUUGAAUCUGUUCCUAAAAUUCCUGUAUCUCUUACGCUGCAACCCAAACAGAACUUACAUAAAGAUAUACAUGAAGAUGAUGUUAAAUGUGCAUUCAGUUCUUGGCUGCAGGAUUCCGCUACUGAUGAUCACCCAUGGAUAAUGACAAGCACAGACUGUAUACAUCUGUCUGUUAAAGAAGGAAUAGAGGAAUUUGUCCUUAGUGCAGCGCAUCCCGUGCACACUGAAGAAAAUAAAUCUGAGAAUAUUUUUAUACUGAGUCCCAGUUUGCUGCAAAAGACAAAUAUACAAGUUCUUUUACAUCCUCUAAGUAGAAAAGCUGAUGAUGACAAGCAGCCACCUAUGCCUGAUAGAGACAAGAACCUUCCAUACCACAAACUAAGCGAUUUAGGAGGAGUGGACAAAUUAGGCACAUCUUUAUUUGAACACAUAAGCCACAGUCUUCUGGGGCGUCCUUUAUCCCAAAAGCUGGCUGCUAAUGCUGUGGGACUGCGAAGUGGAGGGGUGCUUCUCACAGGAGGAAAGGGAAGUGGAAAGUCAACAUUAGCAAAGGCCGUCUGCAAAGAAGCUUUCACUAGACUGGAUGCUCAUGUAGAAGUAAUUGAUUGUAAAGCUUUAAGAGGAAAAAGAUUAGUAAACAUAAGGAAACAUGUGGAAGAAGCUUUUUUAGAGGCAGCAUGGAGACAGCCAUCCAUUCUUCUGAUGGAUGAUCUUGAUCACGUUGUCGGAGUACCUUCUACACCCGAGCAUGAGAACAGCCCUGAAACUGUUCAGAGCAAUAGACUUGCUUAUGUUUUGAAAGAUCUGAUGAAAGAAGUUAUUUCCAUGGGGAGUUUGAUUGCAUUAAUUGCCACGAGUCAGUCUGAACAUUCCCUUCAUCCUUCCCUGGUUUCAGCACAAGGAACUCAUGUAUUUCAGUGCUUCAAAUGUAUCCAAUCUCCAGAUCAGAAGCAAAGAUAUGAAGUGCUGUAUUCCAUAAUAAAGAAGAAACUGAAUUCUGAUCCAAAGGACUUCUCUGAUCUUGACCUCCAGUGUAUUGCAAAGGAAACAGAAGGUUUUGUUGCUAGAGAUUUUACUAUGCUGGUGGAUCGUGCCAUUCAUACCUGUGCUUCUAACCAGAAUGCAUCAGAUAAUGGUGCAGAUUUGAACCUGUCAACUGUGGAUUUUCAGACAGCUCUAAAAGAUUUUACUCCAUUAGCUCUGAGAAAUGUCAACCUUCAUAAACCUAAAGACCUUGGCUGGGACAGGAUUGGUGGCUUAAAAGAUGUGAAGCAAAUGCUCAGGGAUACCAUCCUGUUACCUGUAAAGUAUCCAGAAUUAUUUGCAAACCUGCCCAUACGGCAGAGAUCAGGAGUUUUGCUGUACGGAGCACCUGGAACAGGAAAAACACUGUUGGCAGGAGUGGUUGCAAGAGAGAGUGGAAUGAAUUUCAUCAGCAUCAAGGGACCAGAACUGCUCAGCAAAUACAUUGGAGCAAGUGAACAAGCAGUUCGAGAUAUAUUUAACAGAGCUCAGGCAGCUAAGCCUUGUAUUGUUUUCUUUGAUGAGUUUGAUUCUAUUGCUCCUCGCCGAGGCCACGACAACACAGGAGUCACUGACAGAGUGGUUAACCAGCUGUUGACUCAGUUAGAUGGUGUGGAAGGCCUGCAAGGAGUUUAUGUGCUAGCUGCUACCAGUCGUCCGGAUUUGAUUGACCCUGCUUUGUUAAGGCCAGGUCGACUGGAUAAAUGCCUGUACUGUCCACCUCCUGAUCAGAAUUCACGCUAUGAAAUCUUAAAAGCUCUCAGUCAUUCCUUGUCUUUGGCAAAUGAUGUGGACUUUCAGGAUGUAGCAGCAAAAACUGAACAGUUCACCGGGGCUGACCUAAAAGCUUUGUUGUACAAUGCCCAAUUAGAGGCAAUCCAUACUAAUUUAAAUUUAGGUUUAACACAGGAUUUUGGAUCUAGUUCUGAUAGUGACUUCAGUCUCUCUUCCAUGGUUUUUCUAAACCACAGCAGUGGCUCAGAGGAUUCAGCAACAGAUGGAGAAGCAGGGCUAGAGCACUCUCUUGUUUCUUUAGAUAUGUCUGACUUGCUUCCUGAAGAUCCAAGGUCCAACAUGUAUCGUCUUUAUUUUGGAAGCUCUUAUGAAUCAGAGCUGGGGAAUGGAACUCCUUCAGAAUUGAGCUCUUUGUGUUUUUCUGGUCCAAACUCCAUGACUUACGACUUCACCAGCAUCACUCAGAGAGAUGUUGCAUCCUCACAGCCUGCAAUGCUUAGAACAGCUUCUCAAGAAGGCUCCCUGGAGAACCAGGAGCAGCAAGUAGAGCACCUGAGGACAGAAAUCAAUGCUAGCAAGGCCAAUUACAGAACCAAGAAUGGAGAGGACAGCACCCUUAAUCAGUCAGUGCUUCCCAAGACCACUGUGACUAUCACCCAGUCUCACCUGAUGACUGCUCUGCAGGGAAUGAGACCAUCCAUUAGUCAGGAUGACUGGAAGCAUUUUACUGAACUGUAUGAUAAUUUUCAGAAUCCCAAGAAGAGGAAAGUACAGAUUGGCGCAACAUUCAGACCAGGACAAAAAAUGACUCUAGCUUAGUGAUUUGUAUUUGCUUAUAAUUGCUAAACUGCAACUGGAAAUGGCAGAUGUGAUUAAAUCAGAUUAUUUAUAUUCAUACAGAUUUAUUAAUACAGCAGUUGGAGAUAAGUUUCUUUUAAACUAACAUGCUGUAAAAUCAUGUCACAUUUUAUUUUGAAGAAAAUUGUCCUCCUUUAGAUUGAUAUUAAAUUUUUUGAGAACA